CUUAUCUCCUGGGACUCUCCCCAAUUAGACUUUUCUUCUAAGACGCUUUGGGCUGCACACCUGACUCUGGCUAUUUUCGUUCUCGGACCCAUGACCCUGGCUGGUGCUCGAUUAAGAACUUCUCUACAGAGGGGCUCACCCAAAACUGUUCCAUGACGCUCUGGCUACAUAAUCCCCUGCAAGGCUAUUUAAACCUCACACCAGGUCUGGAAUCCACAGGUCUUGGGUUUCUUCCUAACCCCCACCCACUUCCUCACUCUCUCACAGAAAAAGCGAUGGAUACGACCUUAAUCCUCGUUGACAGAGGAUGUGACAACAGCGAGUGCAAGUGCACCCAUGAGGGAGCCUGCUCGUCUGGAACCUGUCAAUGCAGCGGCGGCAAGUAACAGCCGCUCGGGUCGACAAAAAACAUAUCACCCACUAAUGCUGUCACCGUAACAUUCCUUCUAUGCGCCAACGUCUCAUUCCAGUCUAUUACCGCGUUAUCUAUUGUCGUCAAUUGCGUAUCUGACGCAACCUCCAUUCCCGGUAUAGCCCAUCCGGUGUGCGAACCCUCCUUACCGAGGCGAAGACGCUGCACGUUUGGACACUGUUAAAUAAGUUUCGUUUACUUGCGUAGCAGUACACUUGUUCACGAAUUGCGAUCUUAUGUCCUCUAUCGCUCACCUCCAUUCCCUUGCGAACCUCCCCCAAGUUAUUGUAACUUGUUAUCUAGUCUCCUGUGUAGCCACUGGCUGCCGUAACCCAAGCACAAUAAAAAACCAUAUCUUGUUCGUAAAUGUACAGUGAAUAUAUAAGAUACAACU